AGUGAAUAAUUACAAAGUAACUAACAAGCAACGCAAACAAACUGGAACACAAAAUAUUAAUACCCAAACAACUAGGAACUCAAUAAAUAGUAAUAAAUCAGAGAAUCUUAUGUCCCUUUUAACAUAAUUCGUUAUAGAAACAGAAAACAAAGCAAUGGGAGUUCACUGUACAUUAACUGCUGCUGCUUAUUCAUUUCAAACCCAAUUUUAAGGCCAUUCAGGAGACAGUUAUGGUAGGUGAAAUGGAUCGCCUGAUCCGCAAGAUCAGGGCUCAUCUUCUUGCUUGGCUUCGUCGAUCUCGUUCUGGUCCAGUAUCAUUUGUCAGGCGGUUCUCAUACAAAGAUUUAAAGAUGGCAACUGAUGGUUUUCAAAGGAUAGUUUAUAGUGAUUCUCAUGGCACUGCUUAUAAGGCCAGAUUUCAAGAUGGUUACAUUGCACUGGUAAUGGAAGUAAAAGAUCUUAAUCAAGAAAAUGAUGUUUUCAUUAGGGAAGUACAGCUCUUGGGACGCUUGCAUCACCGUCAUCUUCUUUCGCUUAAAGGCUUUUCCAUUGGGCGUAAGAGAUUGCUAGUGUUUGAUAAUAUAGAAAAUGGGAGCUUGAAGGAGCAUUUCAAUGAUCCUCUUAGGACUCCAUUGAAUUGGAAGACGAGGUUACAGAUAGCCAUUGGUGUGGCAGCUGCAUUGGAGUAUUUGCUUCUCUUUAGUAACCUACCGACUCACCGUGUUUCUAUCAGCUCAAGUAAUAUCAUGCUAGAUGAAAACUUCACUGCUAAGCUCUCCAACAUUGGUCUUCUUAAUUCUGUUGAAAAGUGUGUAACAACACCAACACCUCAUGCCUCCUGCACAGAUUGUAUGGAUCAGAGAUGUGGGAACUUAAUAUUUCAGCUUGGUGUGCUAAUCCUUGAGUUAAUAACUGGUCAAUCAUCAGAGAAAGGAAGCACAGAUUUAGUCCAGUGGAUCCAAGGAUCUCGUUUUCGCAGUUCCAUGCAAAAGAUGAUAGACCCAGAUCUUGGAAACAGUUAUAAUUCUAGAGAACUUAAAAAUCUUUUAGCUGUAGCAAGAUUGUGUAUAAACUCUGGAAAUGACCCAAAAUUUUCCCUUCCACAGAUAUUUCGGUAUCUGCAGAAAAAGGCAGGCUUUCCACAUUAUUAGUAUAUGCAUUCAUGGUUUUUUGCGCCUACGUAAUUGUUUUUCGUUGUUCAAAUUGAAAUAAAUUAUUCGUAAGAUAGUUCUGUUCCUUUGUCCAAA